CUCCCUUGGUUUCCUCUUCAUGCUUAUACAUUUGUGCAUAUGUAUUGCAUAAAGUCUGUUGCAGUCUGGAAAUCCCGUAGUACUCCUAAAACUUGCUGCAGGCCCUCUCUGCUGUUUUGCUUUUGGCUCCCAAUUUCUUAUCCUUUGAGUAUCCUCUGGCAUUCAACAUGUGUGCAAAUCCCAUUGGCUUCAUGCAGGGGAAGGCAAUGACUUAUUAGAGGAUGGCAUUUGGCCUUUACUUUCAUUUUUAACUUUUGCAUUCUCCGUCCAGCACUAAACUUGCACAAGGUUUAAAUUGCAGUUUCCAAAACCACAUGAGCAACUUGUCUGAACUAGCAAAAGGCCUUGGAACUAACCUGUGGAAUUGGGCAAAGUCCCAUUUCAGCAACAGCUACAUCCACAGCUCAUCCACUUACCACGUAGGCUGGUGGGAAGGGUAGAAGGAAAAGCCACUCGGAAGAGCCCAAGGAGGUGGUGGAAACAAUUUGGCGUUCUUCGGCUCGCUGCGACCCAAACCGCUACUCAGGGCAGUAAUGUAGACUCGCAGAGAGAGACAGACAGGCGUAAGGGAAGGUAGUUGGGCGGGUGGCUGGGAGAGUGGGGGGUGCAGCGAAGAGGGGGAAAAUUUCAGCAGGGUUCCAUGCUCCCCUCGGCUCCUGGCUCUCCUCGUUCCCUUCGGCCACAUUGUUGGCUCCAGGCUGGGAGAGGAAGCGAUGCCUCGUUCAAUCGGAUGAAAAGUUUGCACAAUGAUCGUGGAAAAGGCAGCAGUAAAAAUCUAGAGCUCUUCCAAGCCAGGAGUCUUGGUCUAAAUGGGUCCAGUUAUGCCUCCCAGUAAGAAGCCAGAGGGCUCAGGAAUUAGUGUUUCCAGUGGACUGAGCCAGUGUUACCGGGAUGGUGACUUAUCAAAGACACUUCAUGACGAUGAGGACUUAGACUUUUCUUUGCCUGCCCUCCGGUUGGAAAAAGGUCCCAUGGAGGAUGAAGAAUUAACCAACUUGAACUGGUUACACGAGAGCAAGAACUUGCUGAAAAGUUUUGGGGACUCCGUCUUAAGAAGUGUUAGCCCGGUGCAGGACCUUGAUGAUGACACUCCACCAUCUCCUGCUCAUGCCGACAUGCCCUAUGAUGCCAAGCAGAACCCCAACUGUAAACCCCCCUACUCCUUUAGCUGCCUCAUAUUUAUGGCCAUUGAGGAUUCUCCUACCAAACGGCUGCCUGUAAAGGAUAUAUACAACUGGAUUUUGGAACACUUCCCUUACUUUGCAAAUGCCCCCACUGGAUGGAAAAACUCUGUGAGGCACAAUCUGUCAUUGAAUAAGUGUUUUAAGAAGGUGGACAAAGACAGGAGUCAGAGUAUUGGGAAGGGGUCUUUAUGGUGUAUAGACCCAGAAUAUAGACAAAAUCUUAUCCAGGCUUUGAAAAAGACCCCCUAUCACCCAUAUUCACAUGUGUUCAGCACACCUCCAGCAUCUCCUCAGGCAUAUCAAAGCACAUCAGGUCCACCAAUUUGGCCAGGAAGCACCUUUUUCAAGAGAAAUGGAGCCCUUCUGCAAGAUCCUGACAUUGAUGCUGCCACUGCCAUGAUGCUUUUGAAUACUCCCCCUGAGAUACAAGCAGGUUUUCCUCAUGGAGUGAUCCAAAAUGGAGCUCGCAUUCUGAGUAGAGGAAUCUUCCCAGGAGUUAGGCCGCUGCCGAUAAACCCUAGUGGAAGCAUGGCUGCUGCAGUAGUAAGAAAUGGAAUCACAAACUGCCGGAUGCGGACAGACAGUGAGCAGUCCUGCGGCUCUCCAGUGGUUAGCGGUGACCCGAAGGAGGACCACAACUAUAGCAGUGCCAAAUCUUCCAACCACAGGAGCACAUCACCCACUAGUGACUCCAUUUCUUCUUCCUCUGCUGACGACCAUUAUGAAUUUGUUACUAAAGGCAGCCGGGACAGUAGCGAGGGCAGUGAGGUCAGCUUCCGCAGCCAUGAGAGCCAUAGCGAGGCAGAAGAAGAGGAUAAAAGGCAAAAUCGAAAAGAGACCAAGGAUUCUUUGGCCGAUAGUGGAUAUGCCUCUCAGCACAAGAAACGUCAGCAUUUACUGAAGGCAAAAAAAGUACCAAGUGACACACUGCCUCUUAAAAAGAGACGUACAGAGAAACCCCCUGAGAGUGAUGAUGAGGAGAUGAAAGAAGCGGCCGGAUCGCUCCUGCAUUUGGCGGGAAUUCGGUCUUGUUUGAACAACAUCACCAAUCGGACGGCAAAGGGGCAGAAAGAGCAAAAGGACACCACAAAAAAUGAGAACAAAUCCGUUGAUUGAACUUAUAAAACAAUUUCGUUUCAGCACGUCAGGUGAAUUCUAAUGAUUUGUGGCAAUAUCAACAAAUAUCUUCUUUGUUCAGUUUUCUCUUUUCGUUUCUUUUUUUGUGUUUCUUUGCUUUUUCAAACCCUUAAGAUUUUUUUUUAAUUUUUUAAAGGAGAUUGAAGCCAUAGAACUCAUACUGAUGCUCAACUAAUUUUACAAAAAGCUUUUCAUUACAUGAAGACAAAAAAGAAAAGUAAAAGCCAAAAUUGCCAUUGCUUUUUCCAGCUUUGUCAGAAAUGCAUGAUUGAAAAUGCUGUGACAUCACCAGUUAAUGUGAGAGGAAUCAGAUUUGGCAUUUGAAAAUCCCUUGUAACAUAGAAGCAAGUGGAUAAUUUGGUAAUCGUUCAAGCCAGGCUCUAAGAAUUUAAAAGAAAACAAACAAAAAAGGCCUUAUAAUUGGGUUUAUGUGUGAAUGUGUCUAGAGAUAUGGGGGAAGUCAGAGGCACACACAUUGUCCUCAGAACCAAGGAUCAUAUAAUGGCAUUUGCUUGUGGUUGUGCCAUAGAAGUCUUGGAAUAGCCACUAAAGACAGCUGCUCAUACAGUAAUGAUCUAUUAGCUCUUCAUGUACUGUAUAUGGCUCAUAAUGUGAAGACUUAAUAACUUAUAAAUUAUGGAAUACUGAACUGUGUAUGCAAUGAGUUUCAGUGACAUAAGGAGAAAGGGGGAGGGGAGGGGAUUACUGAUAAUCUUUAAUCAAUUGUAUUCUAUAUUUAAAUUAAAAGAAUGUUUUUUUAAAAAGCCAUAAGCCUGAAGAUUGGCACUGCCUGCAGAAAUAUUAUGGGAAAACAAGCUAUGAGUUCUUUACUGCCUGAGUGAAAAGCAAUCAAGUCUAAAGAAAAUUAUGAGUAGAUAUUUAAGGAGGAUCAAAAUGAGGAAACAUUUUCUGUAAGUCACAAAGAUUUGAUCUCACUAGGGGAAAAAUGCUACAAAACCUGCCAUUAGUAUUAUAUUGCUUUUUUGUUGUUUCCAAAAAUCAAAUCCAUGUUGGUUGGACAAAAGUAUAAAGAAAUAGUAACACUCCUCAAAAUGGCAUACCUACUUAAUAUCAGUCAGGAUUCAUCUGUGCAAAAAUGACAAUAUGUUUAUUUUAAUCACUGCAACCAGCUGAAAAUUCUGAUCCACAUUGCAUGGAUUCCUUUCUGGGAGGGGCUCAGAGUACAAAAUAAAACAAACCCUUUUUAUUAAUUCAAAGAUAACAAAAGUUCUUGUAAGGUAAAUAAUGUAUUUAGCAUGAAGCAUGAAUUAUUUUCAUAUAAAUAUAGAAAAAUAGAAAAAAGGCUAUGCCUCUAAUUUUUAAGCCAUUAGGCUUAGUUUGUUUUUUGGGUUUUUGUUUUAUUCCUUUUUUUUUUUUUUUUUUUGGAAGCAGGUGUUUUUUAAGGUUUAACCUUUUUCAGGGACAAAUACUGACUGUUGGGGAACUUACUCUGCAAUAUUAAAAAUAAACUUCAUGAUCGGGUAGGGCUUGGAUGGUUGAAUUAUAUUGCCUUGUCUGCACAUUCAGCCCCCUUCCCCUACGUCUCUGUUUUUUGAACAUGUUUGUCCUUUCUUUGUCUUUACAUGUAUUAAACAUUACGCAAUAAUUUCGAGGGCAAGGCAAGUAGUGAGUGUGUAUGAUUGAGGAGACCUGGAGAUGACCCUGAAUUGCAGGUGGUAUGAACAAUGUGGCCAUUUGGUUUCGGGGAGCCAGUGUACAUAUAGGUGUUGGUAUCAAAGGCCAUCAUCUUGAGACUACUUCCAGUUCUGUAGGCUGGAAUCAAUGGGGUUGCACGUGAUCCAGGACUCUAGAGGAUCCACAUCCUCACUGUAAGUCAUCAUGCACUCUGAAAAAAUGGGAUGCUUUGUGGCAGUGUGACAGGUUGCAGCCAGAAAGGGAAUUGUCAAUGCCUCUAUAAAACUCAUUAGAUGUUUAUAAGGGGCUCCUUGGAUCCCAGACCGUAGGCUCCAGUAGGCUAAAUACAGGUUUUUCACUGAACAGAAGUGGUUGUUAGUGGUUGUUUUGGGAUUUGGAGUUUUGCUUUGUUUGAGGCUGUGGCAAGAAAUGCUAAAAGCAUUUUAGGAAAUUGCAUUUUGCAGACAUGGAUAUUAUUUCUGAGAAAACAUGUACAGUGUGUAUUAGAAGUUAUUGCCCACAGACCUGUGAAAUAACAGAAGGAGAAAGGGGAAAGUAACACUUGUCUAACGAGAAACCAUGUCAAUCAAUAUAAGAACUUUCUCUCUGCACUAGAGUGCCAUAUGCAUCCUUUUUUUAACUGCCACAGAGUUCUACCACACAUGAGCAAAUCUUAAUGGAAAGUAAAAAUAUGUGGUUGCCUGUUUAGUGGAAUGAAAUAAAUAUUCCACCAUGAGCUUUAAGUCAAAAGUGGAAUGAUUUUUAAUUAUGAUUAUUAUCGUUUAUGCCAAUAUUUUCAAGCUCAGUAAGCACUGUAGCCUAUACAGAGAACCAAUGGAGUGGGAGCAUGUUGAAUUCUAUAUUGGGUCCCAAAAUCAAUUGCCCAUUGAAAGGUGGUAUAGAAGCUACAUCCUGGAAUUGGCUGAAAUGUUGACUUUGUACUUGGUCAAUCCUUAAUGCAGAGUGUCUUUGCUUAAGCCACAAAGGCAAAAAAUAAAGAUUGCAGGUGUAGAUUUAUGACUUAUUGCUGCAUCUUGGCUGCCUACCUUCCCCCCCCCCCGAAAAUAUACCAUUGACAUCUAGCACAGGAGCACUGCAAGUUGAAUUACAAAUCCAAGUGGCAUUGCACCUGCUUGUCCUCUAAAUGUACCCUAUGAGAACAGUCCCCCAGGACUGUCCUCUGCACAAAUUGAAAUAAAUUGUGGGUGUGCAAGUCUUGCACAACUGUCUUUCCCUUUAGUGAGGGUUCAACAGGAGAAUUUUCAGUUACUUAAUGAGGUUUGUUUAGGAUAUGUUCCUGACUUGACAUGCCUUAAGUGCAUUUUAAAUCAUACAUAUGUCACUCUAAUCCAGUCUUCACCAACAUGGUGCCCUCCCCAGCUGGCUGGAGUUGAUGGGAGUUGUAGUCCAAAAGGCCUGGAGGGUACUAAAUUGGCAGAGGCUGGUCUAGUUUGUCUUACGCUUCUUUGACCUGGAGGCAUGACAUUCAUACAUUUUGCUCAAUAACACGUGGUGUAAACCCAGAAUAAUUUCAAAGGUUCCCUCUCAAUAUAUACUCUAUUAUCACUAGCAUAAAUGUUUUGUGCACAAAAAUGCUACUUCCCUCACACUUUUGACUAUUUUAUCAUCUAGCAUUUUUUACUGAUAACUACGGUACACAAAAUGAUUUACAGAUUUAACUGGACUGGACUUUUUUAAAACCCAAGAUUCAAGGCCCACGGUGGGGAUUAAAGGUUCACAGUGAUUUCUGUACCUGAAUCGGGUAUUGAAAGAGCUUGGGCAUGGAAGCCCGUUGCAGGUGAUGUAGAGCCAAAUAUUUGAAUCCAUUUUCUUGUUUCCACAACUUAUUUGUACUUCUGUCUCGUCUUGGGGUUCCUUGCAGGAAUUAUCAUCCUAUGAGUAGUAUUGGCCCCUUAUCUGUGGACUGUCUACAACGUUCAGAGGAAUAUAUAGGUGUGUGUUUUUUUACAAAAAAAAAUGCAGUGUUUGCAUCAAACGUUAAUUUACUACAGCAAUAAUAUUCAGCUAGAGUGUUUUGUAAACAUAUGAAAGAGCAGUUCUUUAAAUGAAUGAAGGAGGGCUAUUCAAAAGAUGAGGCACGAUCAAGCCAAAGUUAAGCAAUUUGUCCCCCAGCUUUCCCACUGAAAUUGAAAAACAGACUCCACUUUCCCACUAAAAUCCACAAGAACUUAGGCACUCUUAACUUUUAGCCAGAUUGUGCCCCAUCUGUUGAUUAUCCAUGGGUCAUAAUUUAAGUAAGAAAUUAUCUGUGCUGAAUGCUGCUUUAGUUAUCACUGUACAGAAAGCAAUUACAGUUUAUCUUUUUACAAAAGAAAUUGCCACAUUAUUUUUAUUAUUAUUUUGAAUGCAAAGAAUGUUUCAUUUAAGUAUCUUAAUUAUGUACCUAACUCCUGUUAGUAAUGAUUUUGAAACACAGAAGAGCUGCCGAAAGCUUGGAUUGUCUGUCACACAGUCACUUCCAGCAAACGGUCAUCUUUUAUUUUUUUAAAAAACCCUCCAGCAUUAGGUUCUACAGUGCCAACUUCUUACUUUGAUGCCAAAAUGAAUUAAAAUAGUUGGGUCCAAUAUAGACUUCACCCACAUAGAUGCUUUUACUUCCAUUCAAUACAUGAUGGAUUGUGUCCUCCACACUUCAUGAGCUUCUUACCUCUAUGCCACAGCCAUUUUGAAAACAAUGGACAGAAGAAGUGUUCAUUUUUCCGUGUUUGUUUUGCAAAUACUAUUAUUAGAGUUAAUUCUUUGAGUUUUGAUGGGGAAUUUAAAAAAAACCCAAGUCAUACAAUUCAUGACACAUUCUUCUUGUUUUGUGUAUGGCCGUUUUACUGUGGGGUGUAUCUGUAAGCAGAGGGUUUUCAUAAAGUUGGAUAAAGUGUGAUCAUAUUAUGAUUCUUAGCUUAGGGGGCUGAAAAUUAUGGGUGUGAUCCAGCUGCUCUACAAGCCAAGAUGAUAUUCUGAGAUGAGAGCUUAUCUAAGCACCUCUUGAGGGACAUGAACUUCCUAAGCCAUACCAAGGAGGCUGGAAGAGAUACAAGAGACUAGCAUGCAGUGGCCUUGGACCUUGCAACCAGCACAUACUUGCAGGAUCCAAACAACCACUGGGCAAGUGGUCUACCUGGCCUUUCCUAGUGUACUUUACAACAGUCCAGUAAGUCUUUGAUUUCAACUGAGCCUGAGACAUAUUCUCUCUAUCUUGGUGCACGUAGCUCCUGUCUCAGAAGAUGUAGGCCGCACUCAGCUGCAUUCUUCCUCUACCUGGGCCUUCAGAGAGUUUGAUCUGGGGUAAUAUCUCAGGAGGUCCUGGUCUUCAAGUAGCCUGGAUUGGGGAUAGAGGUCCUUGCCAAGUAGGUAUGCUGUGGUGGGGAGGCUCUUCCCAUGCACUGUGGCUGACUGCUGGACUGGGGCAGAUGAAUCCAGUUGCUCUUACAUAGCUCCCAAGCUACUUGGGCCCUUACAGAGCUUCUGCACCAUAUGAUCUGCAUGUAUUAUUGCAGGGACUGGACUUUAUAUGUGUAAACUCAUUUUGAUACGGAGUUUUGCCUUUAAAGUAAGAAAACAUUUUUAAUAUCUACCAAUCUCCCUUAUGUUUAUCAAAUUCUUACUUUACGUUCUCAGUAUGUCUAUUUUAUAAUCCAUGUUACCAGAUGCACAAGCAGAGUUCUGCAAACCUUUCUACCAGCCAAGCUGACACUGGCUGCUUUCAAGAAGUGUGCUACUCAUAAUCAGAGCUUGGAAAAGUUACUUUUUUGAACUACAACUCCCAUCAGCCCCAGCCAGCAUUGCCACUGGAUUGGGCUGAUGGGAGUUGUAGUUUAAAAAAGUAACUUUUCCAAGCUCUGCUCAUAAUGCUUUCUAAUACUCCCCAAAGUACAUAUCAGUGAUGAAAUUGCUGCUACACUAGUGAAGCAAGGGCUGUCUUAUUCACUUCUAUACAAGUAAAAGGUGUGUGCCUUGCAUAUUUGCAGCUCAGGAGUGAUUGAACAUAGCCUCUGCUGGUGCAUAAGUUCAUGCGCGCAGUGAAACCUCUGGAUUGGGGUUGAUGUAGGCACAUCCACAGCUUGUCCCUUUGUUUGAACAAAACAACAACAGGCAGGUAUAAUGUGAGAAGGUGGGUCAGCUGUUGAGACUUGCUGGUCACAAAUAUUCACUCAGUUUCAUGCAUUGAUCUUUCUGCAUUGUAUUUGCAUAUACUCUUGGAUAAAGGAGUGGUUUGGCAAGAUGACAUCCAUCUCUAAACUGUCACAAGCAAAGUGGGGGUGAUCCCUGUUGUUAGUCAUCAGUUCUCAGUUAUACACUGGCUGUUUCUCCACCCCUUGUGACCAUUUGCCUUUGGACUGGAGAAUAGGAAGGUAGUUUGGGAGCCUAUUAACUUCCUGCACUAAAUGAAGGAACUUCUGUUGGGGAAAAUGGUGCGCAACCACUUUACAUGAGGAGAUUAUUUGGCUCUGCAAAGAGAUGAAAAGCCCUGAAGUUUAUAAAUGAAAUAUGGAUUCAUGUAUAAAGUGAACUGACAUCAAUAAGAAAUUUACCUGGGGUGAAGCUCAGCUGCCCAGCUAUUGGUUUUGUUUCCUGGUUUGCUAGGCACUUUUUAAAGGCAACCUUCUACCCCAGACCAGAAUCAUUCAUAGUUAAGUCUGUGAACAUUCUUGGCAGCUCUCCUCAUAUUUAAAACACUGUUAUGCACAUAAAUGCAGCGCUGUGAUCUAAUUUAAAUAACAUUAUUUUACUAAUAAGUAAUAUACUUCAACAUUUUGCUGCCACCAACAUCUUGAUGUCUCCUUGCUUUCUACUGUAGGAAAUAAAAGGCUGCUGUUAACAAUACCCAGUUUACUUUUCCUUUACAGAAUACAUAAAUCAAUUUAUAGUUUUAGUGUAGGAAUUUGUUUUUUUUAAAAAAACUGGAUUAAAAUCAUCUGCACAAUAGUAUGUGCUGCUGUCUGUAUGAAUUUUUUUCAUAUCUCCGCCCAUGCAUCUAUUAAUACCAUGUCCCUUUCAUUGUAGUAACCAGUGGCAAAGUGGGUGGGGCAGGAUUUUGGUGGGAUAGGAACAUCAUUUUUGAUACUCUUUUGUUCUUGAAUCAAAGUACAGAAUCAUCACUGGGUUGAUUUUACAAUGUUAACUAUGUGCAUGCAAUCCUCCUACAACUCAGCAAACAGGUACUUGUCUCACUAACGAAAAUAAAAAACAGUAAACACUGGCUGCUUUAACAUGUAAUGGUAAAUCAUGGUUUAAUGCUAUGUGGACAAGCCCCCAUGAGCCUGAGAGAAGCACUGGGCUUUUGGUCUCCCUUGUCUUGUUGGAGGGAACAUGGUUUAAAGCAAUGGUUAAUUGCCAAACAAAUCAACUUCAGGCCAUGGGUUAUGAAGCUGGCUUGUUUAACUAACCAUCAUUUGUUGUAAACCACAAUUUGUGCAAAAUACAAGGUGAAGUUUCUUUAAAAACUGAACUAAACUUGACAGAAGUUCUCCUCUUGGCUAUGCAGGAAGGGGGAUGUGUGUGAGCCCAACAGUUCACUCAGGCUUGUAGAAGCUUGUUCACAUAGCACUCAACCAUUAUUAUCAGUGCAUAUGUGAACUAGGCACCUGUCCAUGGUGUUGUAUAUUGUUGGUCUACAUUUAAAAUUAGAAUAGUAUUUAAUGCAGACUUCUUUAUAGAUGCUUGUGCUAUCAAGUUUCACUGCAUUGUAUUUCCGAUGAGACGGGGAACGACUUCAGUUAGAAUUAAUGCAGUGUUAAGAACUCCAGUAAGUCUUUGGCCGCAACAGAGUAGAUACAGAAAAAACCAAACCAGGGCUUCAGACAUACAGGCUUUCUUUAGAAGUUGGGAUUGCACCAAUCAGCUUUUUUGUUGGAAAGAUGUAGGCGCCUCUGUCUCCCCCAACAGCCAAUCAAUGGGAUUUUAGCUUCUUUUUUAAGGGCAACACACAAGUGUAACCCUGGCUAUUGUGUUGGGAAGAAUUAUGUGUUUCACCUAUGAUUUCACACUCAACUCAGGAUCUGCAUGCAGAACCGGUAUUAGGGUGCUUUAUUCAAAUGACAGUGGGAACUCUGUGCCCCUUUACUAAAUUCACGCAUCUGAUGGGGUUGGUAUCUCUUAUAUGUUGUGACUUUUAUUACUGUGGCUUUCUCUAGUUCCAAUUAAGAGUGAAUGUUGUGCUUUUAAAAAAAGUUUAUUAAUGAACUUCUCCCCCACCCCACCUCCAAAAAAGUAUGUUGGGAAAACAAUUUUUUUUUCUUUACUGGGUUCAUGUCUGCAUUAUACACACUCACUACUUUGGUCUGCCUUGGUGUCAAAUGUUGGAAGGGAUGGGGGUAGGGAAUGAUUUCUGCGUGUAUGAAAAGCAUUAUGAACUUGUACAUUUUUAUACUCUACUGUAAUAUUUUUGAAAAAAAUUUUGUUCUGCAGGAAAAAAAAAGUGAUGAAGCAAUCAAAAGACCAAUAAAUACAAUAUCAAUGCUUUAGGGUCAUGAGACCUUCACUGGCCAAUAGGUUAAUUUAGUACAGCAAUAAGCCAUUUUUUUCCUUUUUUUGUUUUUUAUUCCUUUUGUUUUUGUUUUUAAUGCUGUACUAGGUAUAUGGAACUGCCAGUUUCAUUAACAUAAAAUGAGAACUGUGAUGAGGGGCAUAAACAGUAAUAUUAAGUUGUAUUUGUGUUUACCUAAAUGAGCAGUCGAAAGGCAAGUGCAAUCAGCCAGAAAUAUAAGGGGCGGGGAGUUGAUCUAGAGGCAUACUUGCAUUUUACGUUUCUUGAUGUGUAAUCAUAUUGCCAAAGACAAACUCUUUCAUCAGUUAUUAUUGUAAAUAACACUUUCCCAAAACCUACCAUAAAGUUUCUGUGAUGUAUUGUCUUCCAGUUGCAAUAAAAAUUACUGAGUUGCAUCAAUUGAAUAA